UUUUUCUUGGAAAAGGAUUUUCCAAAACGUUAAGGCGGUGCAGGCAUUGCGAAUCAAAAAGCGGAGACCUCAAGGGCCAGUGCCCCUGCAAAUUUAAUCCUUAAGCAUCGUAAAUAUACAUACACAUGGCUCUGCAAACGACAAUAAUCUUUUCAUUUCUGCUGUUGAUAUCGCUCGCAAUGGCCGACUCUGCUCCGACUGCCAAGCCCCUGGAUUCGUCUUCGUCGCAAUCGGCGACGGUGCAGAUCGUGUACACCGAGAGGCCCCAGAACGAGGAACCCGAGGCCUAUCACAUCCGCACCCUUUCCGCCGUCCUCGGCAGUGACGAGGCUGCGAGGGAGGCUCUGGUGUAUAGCUACAAGACCGCCGCUAGUGGGUUCUCCGCUAGGCUCACCCCGGCCCAGGUUUCCGAGAUUUCAAAACAACCAGGUGUUCUUCAGGUUGUCCCAAGCCGUACAUUGCAGCUGCAUUCAGGACCUGGGGGGCUGCAGUGAAGGACGUGAAGCUCCUGCACCUAUACUAUAUUAUCUUUCAAACAGCUUUCUCAUGUAUAAACCAGUUUGUCCUAUGUCCUAUGUGCUAUGUGGCGUAGGACCUUUUACCUAAAUAAGGUUUAGCAUGUGGAUCAAAGCUACAUAUAAAUUUCGUCUAAUGUACUACUUACUUCAUGGUACAUAAUAUAUGGUUGUGUUCCUUAA